AUGGAGUAUGUUGGAUGUAGAGAGGAGGAAGAUAGAACGAUGGAGAAGGGUUAUAGAAGGUGGGGUUUAGAGAUCAGCAGAACCAUAACCGAGUAUCUACCAUUUAAUUGUCAAGAUCACAUUGAAAACAUCAAGGUAGGAGAAGUAAAAUGUGUUAGAUCGUUUAAAUACCUAGGUUCAGACAUUACAAGUAGUAGAGACAGGGAUGUAGAGUUAAACAACAGAAUCCAAUCAGCAUGGGCAAACUGGAGGAGAACAUCGGGUGUCUUGUAUAAUAAGAAACUGAAAGGAAGGCUUUAUAAACGCGUUGUCAGGCCUGGAGUGAUGUACGGAGCAGAGACUUGCUUAAUCAAAAAGGACAAGGAAAGAAAAUUAGAAGUAGUAGAAAUGCACACGUUUAGGUGGAUGUGUGAAGUGACCAAAAACGAUAGGAUUAGGAACAAGAACAUAAGGGGUACAGUAAAGGUAGCAGAAAUAUCAAAGAAACUACAGGAAAGGAGACUACAGUGUCAUGAGUUAACAGCAUCAAUGUGUUUCCGAGGAAUGCGGGGACGAUCUAACCUGCUUCGAGGCGGGAGGAUGUUGCGUUUGGUAAAUACGAGAUAUAUUACACCUGAACAGAAUUAUUGCAAGAGGCUGGUAUUUGGCAUCGACAAGAUCCUGAAACAGUUCUCUGAAGUGAAAGCAUAUGAUUAG